UCGACCCCCUCCUCCCAUCGCACUCAUCCCCCUCAUCCCCAUCUCCUCGCUGCCGCCACCGAUAGAAUCGAGCGCUAGGGUUGGAGCGCCGCCGCCGGACCCGUCCUCGCCUCCGACCACCGCCCCUCUUCCUCGCAAGCGAGCACAGUGCACCAGGUGUCGGAUGAGUUGAUGCGGCAGGACAAGGAGAGGCGAGGUGAGGCAGCGCGGGAGGCAGGGGCGGCCAAGGUGGGGAGGAAGGUGAAUCUAGGGAAUCUGGCAGGAGCGGCGGUUUGGCUGUGGGUGUGGGGGAGGGCGGUGGGGCUGGGCGGACGGCGCGAACAAGGGCGGCGAGGGGGAGGACUGCAGGCUCAGGCCCUGGCGGCGGAGGCUGCUCGCGUCCAUGGCGUUCUCAUGGCUCUCGGCCCUCCGCCUCGCUAUGGGUGCCGUCCUGCUCACGGCCGCCAGCAUCGCGCUCUUCACGCUCCCCAUUGAAAAGGUUCCGAGAUCAUCAAAAAAGCUUUACGAGGACAAUGAGUAUGCACUCUACACUGUAACAUUAUUUGCCAAGGUUGUUGACAACUUUAAGGUCCAUUCUCAUGAGAAAGGUUUCCAGAUCCGUGACUUUGAGUAUAGUCCUAAAGCACAGGAGAGUCGGAAGCAAGAGCUAGAAAAACUGCUGCAAGACCAGGAAGUUAUGAGGACCUCUCUAUUGCAAUGGUGCUAUGCAAGCUACAGUGAGUGCUACUCCUAGUGGUCAUCAUGGCCGAACUUAACUGAUGAGAGUAUACCUAGAAUAUUGGGCUUCAGUUGCUUGGUUGCUGGACAUUAGUGGCAUUGAUGAUGCUCAUUCUAACUAGCGGGAGAGGGGAGGGAGCGUUGGAGGAACCGGAUGAAGACGAGUUUCAUCGUGAUGAUGCUCAUGGUGAUGACCGCAGCUCUCUUCUAUGUGAU